AUGGUAUGGAAUCGAAUCAGCAACUGGAAGGUAAAGUUCUUGUCUCAAGCGGGCAAAGAGAUUUUGUUAAAAGCUGUGGUGCAGGCAAUCCCUACCUACUGUAUGGGGGUUUUCCAAUUGACUAUUUCGUUGUGCAAAGAAAUCAAUAGCUUGAUGCAGAAAUUUUGGUGGGGUCACAUGGCAAACACUUCAAAAAUUCAUUGGUUGAGUUGGGACAAGAUGGGGCUGGCGAAGUCUGCUGGAGGCCUUAGUUUUAGGGACUUGGUGUUGUUUAACAAGGCCCUUCUUGCCAAGCAAGGGUGGAGAAUUAUUAAGGAACCGAAUUCUAUUGCUGUGUUGAUCCUAAAGGCUAAAUAUUUUCCUCAUUCGGGGUUUAUGGAAGCUAACUUGGGUACCAGACCCUCUUAUGCCUGGCGCAGCAUAUUCAAUUCCCGAGAAUUGCUCAAGCAACGUUUAUGGUGGCGGGUUGGAGACAGAAGGGAGAUUAAUAUUUGGGGUGACAGGUGGUUACCUACCCCUUCAACUUUCUUUGUUCAAUCAACCCCUCAAUGUAUUCCUGUAACUUCUAAGGCGAUGGAGUUGAUUGACUUGGUUUCAAAGAGUUGGAAGGCUGUUCUGAUUUCUGCAAUGUUUUCCACGGAUGAAGCAAAGGUUAUCUUGGGGAUCCCUCUUAGCCCCUCACUUCCCCGAGACUGCUUAAUUUAG